CCGUCUCAAAAAAAAAGCAGCAGCGUACCAAUUCUCAAUUCCAAGGCCACAGCUUAAUCGGACCGACGGAAACGUUCUUAUCAUUUUAACAACUACGUUCAGUUCAAUUCACUGCUAAACUUAAUUCCCUGUAUUUUAACUUUCUAAUACCGCCGAAACAACCUUAUUCCAUUUACGCAAACACGAAAGCUUUGUAGCUCAAAAGUGUACUGUAAAUGCGAAUAAAUACACAUAGAUACAAUUUCGACAACACUCUUGUCACAACAUGAAGUCUUCUGCAAAACACCUUUUCGGGAGAGCAUACCGUGUUACGGUUUUUGGAGCCGGACUCGGCUCUCUGUAUCUUGGUACUAAUGCAGUGCUGGGGCGUCACCGUAUGUUGAGUGAGUCCUCAGAAACUGAUAAUCCUCCAAAAAACUUUCCUAUCCAUUUGCAACACAUGUCCACAGGCGAAUUGCUCAAGGGGGCAUUUAUUUACGAGGUGUGCUCUCAAAGAUGGCUAAUCAACACAUGCAUUCAUGCAAUGCAUUUAUGUGACAAACUUCAUCUCCCAUUGCUAUACACGACUGUUUGUCGUCAUUCCUUCUUCCAGCAUUUUUGUGGGGGCGAAACGAUGGAGGCUGUCGCAAAGCGAAUAGUCGAACUAAAUCAAAACAGAGUCCUUGCGUGUCUUAAUUACGCACGCGAAGUGAAUCUUCCCAAAGACUUGGACGAAGAUACCACUAGUCUCAAUUCCCUAUCACCAAACAAGCUGCCAGAACCCGUAAAGCAGCCAAGCAAUGAAGAACAAAUGCAGCUCACUCGGAUAGCUGAAGAUGCGCUACUGCAAAAUAAGCGCACAAUCAUGCUCGCAUCAAAACAUCCUGGUUCCCUAUAUGCAGGCAAGUUCACGCCGUUUAUUAAUCCACUAGUACUCCAACGGUACGGUUCAUUACUAAAUCACGUUUCCGCAGAUUCGGCGCCUAGCUUUAUAGCUCAUUUGAAGCAUCCGGAGCUGACAGACUACGAGCGCUCGGAACUGUGUCGUUUCUGGAAUUAUGCGGAACAACUAUGCACACUGGCCUGUGAAAACGAAGUGAAAGUUUUUGUUGAUGCUGAACAAAGUAACUUUGAAGGCUGUAUACAUGCCUUAACACUCGACUUGAUGCGACUACACAACAGAAAAAGAGCAAUUGUUCACGACACUUUCCAAAUGUAUUUGAAGAAGUCACCGGAGUUUCUCCAGAGCGCUGUACAACUCGCCAUCAAAGAAAAAUGGUGCUUUGGUGUAAAGCUUGUCCGCGGUGCCUAUCUGGAGUCGGAGCCGCGACAUCUUAUUUGGGAUACAAAGGCCGAAACGGACAAGGCGUACGACAAUGCCGUGAACUUCGUGUUCGAGGAAGCCGCCAAACACGCUCGAGGUGCGACGUUCAAAAACGAAAAUCAGUUAACAAACGACGAUGGAAAAUGGGGCCUUAUGAUUGCUACGCACAACAAGACCUCGGUGUAUGACACCAUUAAUAAAAUAAGCUUGAGAGCAAAUGAUUUAAACCGAGUCACCAUUUACCUUGCACAAUUACUCGGAAUGGCAGAUGACAUCACUUAUGCAAUUGCUCAUCAAGACAGCCCACACUUUUAUGUUGUCAAGUAUGUUUGUUGGGGAAAGCUUGCUGAAGCCCUUCCGUAUCUGGUACGGCGAGCCGAAGAAAACUCUAGCUCUCUUAACCGAGCAGUUGAAGAGCGAUUUUAUUAUCGGGCAGAACUUUCCCGUCGCCUUAAGAGCGUCUUUAAGAGUUAACUACAUCACCCAAAAAAAUACUAUUCUCAUUAUUAUCACA